CACAGUUCUUCACCCACUUGGAGUCGUGAUCAUCCUCUUUGGGUUGUGCAGUUUGAGUGUCAAUCUCAAUCUCCCUCCACAAGAAGAUGCAGGCCUUCGCUGUGGCUGCGCUCUCCAUCUGGCUGUGCUUGGGUGCCACUACCCUGGCAGAGUCCCACGGCCCACAGCACUGCACAUCACCGAACAUGACUGGCGUCCUGACAGUGAUGGCCCUCAACGGAGGAGAAAUCAAGGCAACUGGACAUUACCACUACGACACAACGGACAAGAAGCUACGUUUCACUGAAAGUGAGAUGCACCUCAACAAGAGCGAGCAUCUGGAGGACUAUCUGAUGCUGUUUGAAGAGGGGGUCUUCUAUGACAUUGACCUGAAGAACCAGUCCUGUAGGAAGAUGUCUCUGCAGUCUCACGCUCAUGCUCUAGAGCUCCCCGCUGGCGCAGUACAUCAGGUUGAGCUGUUCUUGGGGAGCGACACUGUUCAGGAGGAGAACAUUAAAGUAAACAUAUGGAUGGGAUCCGUGCCAGAGACCAAGGGCCAAUAUUCUGUGUCCACUACUGUGGGAGACUGUCUGCCACUCAGCACCUUCUACUCAACUGACUCCAUUACACUCCUCUUCAGUAAUUCUCAAGUGGUCACUGAGGUGAAAGAACCUGAGGUGUUCUCUCUGCCUUCCUUCUGUGAGGGUUUGGAGCUGGAGGACACUCACAAUGACUUCUUCAGUAUAUUCAACACUGUCUAAGACAGUGGCAACAGGACCUCCAGCCCCAAACAAACCAGCAGCGUGGCCAGCUAAUCCACCUAGAUGUUUCCCUCACUCUGAUAAUUUCAUUUGGGUGUUUCAUUAGAAUCUUUUCUCUGCUGAUAGACAAGAACUAUAUCAUAAUAUACUUUCUUUGAUGAUUCCCGCUUCGAGACAUUGCGCGAAGUUUGAUACAAUGAAAAAUGGAAAAGUUAACAUGUCAUGUUAAUGUAAACUGUGCGUUUGAAACAGGGCCGGUAGAAGGGGAUAUCAUGUUUGUACUUUAAACUAUUAAUCUGUUAAUGUAAGUUGCUAAUGCAUAGGAGGUCUGCAUAGGCAAAUGAGAUAAUAAAAACUCAACAUC